UAUACAUUCCGUCUCUCAAUUGACGGAAUCGCCGGCGGCGAACACAAAGAUGAAGAGAUUUUUCAAGCCGGUAGAGAGAGAUUCCCCUUCCAAGAAACCCACUCUCUCCUCUUCCUCUUCACCACUGAAAGAAUCCGAAACCCCAACGGAAAAUGCUUCUGCCGCCAUUGAUGAAGACACCACAAAGAAAGAGCCUUCGAAAUUCUUGACAUGGAAUGCCAACAGUUUCCUGCUACGAGUCAAGAACAACUGGACCGACUUCUCAAAGUUCUUAGAAACCCUUGAUCCUGACGUCAUUGCAAUACAGGAAGUUAGAAUGCCUGCAGCUGGUUCUAAAGGUGCACCGAAAAACCCUAGAGAGUUCAAAGAUGAUACUACCGCCUCACGUGAGGAGAAACAGCUUCUGAUGCGUGCCUUAUCAAAUCCACCAUUUAAAAACUAUAAUGUAUGGUGGUCACUUUCAGAUACAAAAUAUGCUGGAACUGCUUUGUUUAUUAAAAAGUGCUUCCAGCCGAAAAGGGUUUCUUUCUCAUUGGACCAAUCAGGUUCAAAGCAUGAACCAGAUGGCAGGGUUAUAUUGGCUGAAUUUGAAUCAUUCCGUAUAUUGAAUACAUACUCUCCUAACAAUGGAUGGAAGGAAGAGGAAUCUUCGUUUCAGAGGAGAAGAAAGUGGGAUAAAAGGAUGUUAGAAUUUGUUCUGAAAAAUUCCGAUAAGCCCCUUAUCUGGUGUGGAGAUCUUAACGUCAGUCACGAAGAUAUUGAUGUAAGUCAUCCAGAAUUUUUCAGUUCAGCUAAGCAAAAUGGUUAUGUUCCGCCAAAUAAAGAGGAUUGUGGACAACCUGGAUUUACAUUGUCUGAGAGGAAGCGAUUUGGUUCCAUUCUAAAAGAGGGAAAGCUAAUGGAUUCGUAUAGGUAUUUACACAAGGAUAAAGACAUGGAGCGUGGUUUCUCCUGGUCAGGAAACCCCGUCGGAAAAUAUCGUGGAAAAAGAAUGAGAAUCGACUAUUUCAUAGUCUCGGAGAAACUCAAGGAAAGAAUUGUUGCCUGUGAAAUGCAUGGACAUGGUAUUGAACUACAAGGUUUCUACGGGAGUGACCAUUGCCCAGUAUCGCUCGAGCUUUCUGACGUGGGCCCUACUAACAACGGAAGCUAGGUUUCUUUCUCUUUGGUGAUGCAUUCAAACACUAUUAGUUUUUAUUGCAUUAAUUCCACUUAGUGGAUGGUUAUUAAUGGAUUAAUUGGGACCCUAAUUGACUUUCUCAUUUCUAUUUAGUGUGCCAAAUACAUAUUGCUUAUUUAGUGGUGAAGGCCGAAGAGCAUGUAUUUCGGGCAUGUUUGGUUAAGCUUAUUUUAAACAGCUGAUAAGCUUUUUCUGAUAAGUCAUUGUUUAAGAGC